GGGGAGGGAUUUAUUUCCAUCCUGUAUUUUUGGGGAGAGAAGCAGCUCUGCUCUCUGGGUGAACAGCUCUGGUAAGCUACAAGAAGAAAUAGCUGAAACUCCAAGACAGGUACAAAGAUGUUUGGAUUGGGAUAAGAGGAGGGGGACUGUGAUGUUAGAAAUUUUAAGCCAAAGCUAGACUGUGUAUCAAAAUGAGACCCUCAUUGAUGGAUUUUAGAUUUGCUUUUGUCAGUGGGGUUUGUCAGAAGUUUAGUAUGAAACUGCACUUAAAUGCAUAUAUGCCUUUGGUUAAAAUGGUUACUUUGUUGUUAUUUGCUGGUCCAGCUUUGGUGUUCACUUUGGGUUUCCGAUAUGUGCUUUGCAGUUGAAGGAAUUUUAAAAUCUAUGGGCUUUCAUCUCGGCUUCAUCUAAAAGCCACAGGAAAAGCCCUCAUUCUUUCUCAUGCUGUAACUGUUAGCCAGCAAGCAUUUCUUGUAUCUAUGACUUGCCAUUAAGGUAUGUGAGGAAAAGAGGAUUUUGUUGAUAAAACUCAAGAAGUAUAUAUAUUUUUAAAUAGCAUUGCUCAUUUGUUUAGAUUAUAUGAUAAACCUUUUUCCUACCUUUUAUCUGUCACAGCCAUAUUACUGAUCUUUGAAUUUUAAGCCCCUCGAAGAAUAAUGUAUAGAACAUAUCUGUAAACCUUCAUGAGAGUAAAUCUUAGAAAAAAUGGUAUAGGAUUGCUUCUUUUUGUCAAAAGCCUUAGUUCUCUAUGUCUCAAAUUACUUUUUCUGCCAUAAACAUAUCCUCACAAGCCAUAAACCUGGAAUCUAGCCUAAACUUUUUCUUUCCAUUAAAAUUAAUUUAGCACUAAGCCUUGUUAUUUCCAUGUGGGAUCUCUGAUAUAUGUCAUCAGCCCUUUGCCCCUUAGCUGAUUUACCUGCUUCAGGCUUUCUACGCAAAGCAGGGUUUUCAUGGCUCUAUGUGCUUUUUAAUAAAGGUACAGCUAUGACUCUAUCACUCCCUGCCUAAACCCCUAUAGUAGUCCCCUAUUGCCUGAGAAAAAGUCUAUCUCUUUAACAUGGUGUUAUGGGGCCUUUCAUGAUUUAUCUUCCCCCAACAUCUGUGUAUUGCUUUAAGUAAAUAACAAUCUUUCUUCCAUUGUUUCCUUUGUACAAGGUGUUAUCUCUCUGUCUCUGUCUCUGUGCCCCCCCCACGUCAAGGCAGACUUAGAUAUUUUCUCCUGUCUGUUCUCACAGUACUUUUUCUUUAUACCUCUGCCAGCUGACAUACCAAAAGGUUUUGCAAACUGUUGCUAACCUGUGUAUGUCCUUCACUGCACAACUAAAUCUUUUAUGAAAGGAGCAGUAUUCUCUUGUUCACUCCCUAAAUAUUUAGUGCCUGGUUAAAGUGGACAAUUAGUACAGAUUUCUCUUUAAUACAGAUUUCUUUUCUUCUUUUGAUGAAUUGCCACAUGAACAAGCAUAACAGAGGAUGUGAUGAAAGAUGCCUAUGUGGGGUCCUGGGAGGUUUCCACUGAGGGAUGUGCAGCCUGAGUACAGUAUCAGAUAGGGCUAUGGAGGAAGGCCAUAUAAAACACCUUUGCCAGUAUAUUAAACUUCCCUGUGACUACUAAUUCUGUAUAUAGUUUCACUGCCAAGAGUUGAUAGAUAAAGUUUGUUUUCAUAAAAGUUGACUUUACCCCAAAGAUAUGCCAUAAAAUCAGGCUUUUAACAUGAGAAAAACUAUAAACAAAAUCCUGAAGACUAUUUGUUAGACUUUUGGCGUUUUUUUUUUUUUUUGGGUGUUUUGUGCAUGUUUUUAUUCACAUAGAUGCAAUGAUAAUAUCUGUAUUUUGUAUUUGUUGUGGUCAACCUCUUUAUAAACAUCCAUGUAGGAUUGCAUCAUUUUCCAUACUAGUUAUUACAUAAUUAUAUAAGUAAUCUUAUUUCUGGGCUAGCCUUUUCUCUUUCUUUCCUUUUAGUGGAUGGUUCAUUUAAAUAUGAUGUUUCCUGUCUGUAGCAAGAUUUAGGAUAGAUUCCUAGAAGGGGAAUUACUAGGUCAAAAGGCCUGGGGACAGAUUUUGGCUCCAAACCCCUGUGUCCAGUUUGUCUUCUGAAAGAGUUAUUUAAAUUUACAGUGCUCAUUAUCUUGGAUAGAUGCCUCCUUUUUACCUAACCCAGAGAGCUUAGAGCAUCAUCAUGAAAGAAAAAAAAACUUAUCAGUGUUGUAAUUAAUUAAUAGAAAAUAUUAUGUCUUAUUGUAUCAAAUGUUUUUUUUUAAAAAUUAAGGUUGCUUAUUUAAAAACUAUUUUCUUUAAUUUUUGUUAGUUUUUCUCUCUUUCCUGGAAUAUCUACCCAGAGCUUUUUUUUUUCAAGUUGGUUUUUCUUUUCUUUGCUUUUCCCCUGAAUAUUCAACACAGAGGCAGCUCAGCUUGAGGGUGAAGCCGCCUCCCAGUUUUCCCUCCCUCUUUACCCCCCUCCCUAUAGUUCCUUCCACCAGGUCCAGUCAGUGGCAAUCGGAUGAUGCAGUCUUGAUAAUCAUUCGAUUCCAGAAUGGGUGGCUGCAUUCCUUUCCUAAAGGCAGCAAGGACACGGUGUCCCAGAAUCAUGCCCCUUUUGCUGUUGUUGUCUGCCUUCAUUUUUUUAGUGUGCGUCCUGGGAGGAGCCCCAGGACAGAACCCAGACCGCAGCAGGAUGGACAUGGUAUCCAUACACAGCCUCUCCGAGCUGGAGCGCCUGAAGCUGCAAGAGACUGCUUACCACGAACUCGUGGCCAGACAUUUCCUCUCUGAAUUCAAGCCGGACAGAGUUCAACCCACUGACCGUCCAAACACCCUGCAGAAGUGGUUUCAGAUGCUGAGAGGCCAAGACAGGGCUGCAUCACUCAAGACCUUCGGUAUCCGCCUGGAAGAAGUUCUGGUGAACGAGCUUACCCGCCGCAAGCAACGGGAACUGACAGACAACAUGCAGGUUGAAGAUAUCAACGGUUCCACUGGACGUCGUCGUCGGGGAAACGUGGUGCAGAGAAUGUUUGGACGCAUGAGGCGCUUUUUCAGUCGCAGGAGGAAUGAGCCUACUCUGCCCAGAGAGUUCACUCGCCGUGGGCGCCGAGGUGCAAUUUCUGUGGAUAGCGUAGCUGAACUGGAGAAUGGAGCCCUGCUGCUGCAGAUCCUGCAGCUCUCACAGCUUUCAUUGCCUAUUGGCCAGCGACUUCUGGGAUCCAAAAGGAAGAUGAGCCUCAACCCAAUUGCUCAACAAAUCCCUCACAUUGUUGAGACUUGCUGCAAAUUCAUUGAGAAACAUGGCUUAAGCUCUGUGGGGAUUUUCACCAUCGAGUACUCUCUGCGGAGGGUGAUUGAGCUUCGUGAGUUAUUUGACAAAGGCAUGGAUAUUGUCCUGGAUGACAGUGUGAAUGUCAAUGAUGUGGCUGAACUCCUCAAGGAGUUUUUUCGUGAGAUGAAGGACUCUCUGCUGCCUGAUGAACUGUACAUGUCCUUCCUCCUGACUGCGACUCUGAAGCCCCAGGAUCAGGUUUCUGCCCUGCAGCUUCUGGUCUACCUGAUGCCACCUUGCCACAGUGAUACCCUUGAACGUCUGCUGAAGGCACUGCAUAAAGUCACUGAGAACUGCGAGGACUCCAUUGGCCUUGAUGGACAGCUGGUCCCAGGUAACCGAAUGACUUCCACUAACUUGGCUUUGGUGUUUGGAACUUCUCUCCUGAAGAAGGGGAAGUUGGCCAAGAGGGAAUCCAGGAAGACUAAACUGGGGAUUGAUCACUAUGUUGCAUCUGUUAAUGUGGUUCGCGCCAUGAUUGAUAACUGGGACAUCCUCUUCCAGGUGCCCCCCCAUAUUCAGAAGCAGGUUGCUAAGCGUGUGUGGAAGUCCAGCCCUGAAGCCCUGGAUUUUAUCAGACGCCGCAAUCUGAGGAAGAUCCAGAGUGCUCGCAUAAAGAUGGAGGAGGACGCUUUACUUUCUGAUCCUGUGGACAACUCUGCCGAAGCCCAGGCUGCUAUCCUUGCUCAGAGCCAGCCCUUUGAUGAAGGUCAGCUCCCUUCUAAAGACCCCGAAGGAGCCCCAGAUGUGAACUUUGGAGAUGGCAUGAACUAUGACUUUGAAGAUGACUCAGAUUUUGAAGACGAGGACCAUCCGGAUCUUGCAGAGGUUCCCUAUCUUGAUGUAAUUCCAAACAACGAAGAUACCGACUCAGAUGCUGAUGAAAUGCCAGGUUCCUCUGAGGAGCCCGCUGUGCCUGCUGGCACUGCCCGUUCCCGUGACAAGGAUGAAGGCGCUGGUAACCCCCCCAAUGCAGAGCGCCCAUUGCCCCGUGUGCCCCGGGAGAAGGAGGGCAAAUCUGGCACUGGCUUCUUUCCUUAGAUGUUUUCCCUUCUCUAAGGUGCCGGACAGGGGAAAAGGGUGGGGGUAGACCUGGAAUGUCACAGGAAACAGUAGAGUAUUGAAGACAAAGGACUAAAGAUAAGAUGAUAAGAUGGAGUUCCACCUGAUGCUCGGGUCAGGAUGGGAAUUCUAAAUACACUGACAGCCCCAUUACUGGGGAUGCUUGGUAUCUUUAGCUGGUAAAAGCAGAGAUAUUUCUGUGUCAUGCCCAGGUUCCCUGGUGCUACCUUGCCUUCUCUUUUACCCCUGAUCCAGGCUUUCUCCCACUACAGCAACCCCUUCCUUUAAUUGAUGUUACAUUUGUGGUAAACAUCUGUCCCAGAGAAGCUCACAAAUCUCGAGGUGCUUUCCCUCCCCACAAGGGAAUUGCAUGCUUUUCCUGACUUUCCUACCCUCCUCCUAAGAGCUCACUGGAAAGACCCUCAAGAGGCAUGUUAGAAUGUUAGGUCAGCCUACUGACAGCUGACAAACAAUUAAUACUAAACUAUGUCAUGCCAACUCAUAGCCGUGUCCCCGCAGCAACUCCACCGCCUCAGAAAUUUCUCCCCUCAAAUUAUUUAGACCAAUGGCUCGUCAAACAGCCACUCCAAAAAAAUUCUGUGCAGUUUUGCUCAGGACAUGCCAACGGGGAAACCUCAAGUGUAAGCCUAACUAGCUUUUCUGGGGUCAAAAGUUAGAGGAAAAAAUUAGAUUUUAGUCCUGGACCUGUUUUAAAGACAGCUGGUGUUCACACCUCUGUUGUCAGCAAAACAACUAGUUAGGCACAGACACAUAGUUCCAAGUAGUUAAAAUCACCUGAUUACAAACACUCUUCCUUAUCGUCUCUGUAGAUCCUCUAUGCAGGACGGUACAAAUUUGCGGGACUUGCUCUGGUAAAACACAGAUAUGGGUUAUGUCUGACAUCCAAAUUAUAACUGAUAUUUAUGGGUAACAACAGCUAAGGUCCUUAGAAUGAAGAAUGUAUUGUAUUGAGGGAUAGAAACUGAUCAUACAAUGGGUAACAACCACAGAGCUCGAAGAUUUGUGAUUGUUAAAACUUCUCUGGCAUUUCAUCAUUAAUAAACAUCUGUGUUGUGACAGCAGCAUA